AUGCCUGCCAUCGACAAUGAAAUCUCGGGGAAGUUGGCCUUAGUCACAGGCGCCUCAGGCGGAAUAGGAGCUGCCUGUGCGCGUGAUUUGUUCGCGAACGGAGCAAACUUGGCACUUACUUACUCCUCGAAUAAAACCUCGGUCGAAACUUUGGUCCAUGAGCUCUCUCAGAAGGAUGGCUCGAGAAAGAUCACCCCUCACCAGGCUGAUAUGGCAUCGGACGCCGAUCUAAAGCGGUUAUACGACGAAAUCAAGUCUGCUCAUGGGAAAGGCCCGGAUAUCCUCAUUGCGAAUGCGGGAUAUGGAAAGCGAACGUCAAAUAUUCUCGACAUUGAGAUUGAAGAAUGGGACUAUACGAUCAAUGUCAACCUGCGGGCGAGCUUUAUUCUUACAAAACUCGCCGUGGCGCAUAUGAUUGAGCAGAAAUGGGGCCGUAUUAUCUACAUCUCAAGUAUCGCGGCUGGGGGCACGUCGAUCAAUGGAUGCCAUUAUUCAGCUUCGAAGGCUGGAGUCCAAGGUUUGUCAAAGAAUUUGGCAAUCAAGUUGGGCAAGGAUGGUAUCACUUGUAACGAUGUUGCUCCCGCCAUGAUCACCGGCACUGGGAUGAUUCCUGACGAGGAGUUCUUGAAAGGCACGCCUGGGGAUGUAAAGAACAUUCCCGUGGGCCGCGCAGGUACGACACAGGAGUGUGCCAAUGUUGUGACGAUGCUAUGUCGGACUGGAUACAUCACAGGGCAGAGCAUUUUACUCUCUGGCGGCCUCAAGUAG